AUGUCGCUAAGAACACCUCCUCACUCAGGUAGUCAAUCUCCAAGCACAGGCAGAAAAAGUCGUGCUUUGUCUCUUGAUCAGUUGGUGAACAAGGACAAUACACCAGGAUACACGCCAAAUCCAAGACUGGUUCCAAUUAGUGAGGAAGCUAAGAAUUAUCCAGGUGAAGUAACCUUACCUAGUAUUAGGAAAUUAUUUGGGAAGUUUUUGGGCGAUGAUGCCCCCAUCCGUCCUCAAACUGUUCGGUCAACGCCAACAUAUUAUUAUUGUCCAUAUAAUCCAUUUAGUGAAGGCUCCGCCACUGAAAGACACAAUGUUCCACAACUUCAAUUGCCAACUAAGACAAACUGGAAACACAAAAAUUUUCGCCCUUUCCAACUUUCGGUCGGUUCAUUAAAGCCAGCUGAAACGUUGUCACCUUCUUCAAAAAGGGAAAAAGUGACCAAAAACCGCAAAACCUACCGCAACCCACAUCCAAUGGACGGGAGACCAUGUACCCACUGUAAUUCAUUGGAGAAGACCCCGGAGUGGCGUUCGGGUCCCUACGGACGCAAGCACAAAAUUUGCAAUGCCUGUGGUUUAUUUUACCUUAAGUUGAAGGCAAAAUUUGGUGAGAGAGCCGCCAAUUUAUUGAUGCACUAUCGUAAAACCCAUGAGGUCAAAAACAGAAAAGUCCCAUCUGUAAUUGAUAUCCCUCAUGAGUUUAUUGUGCAGUUGAAUUUGGCUGUGGAGAAUGUUGAAAAAAAUGAGGAAAUCAAUGAGCGUAUUGGAACUUCCACCUCAGCCUAA